AGGAAAUAUCGGAGAGAGAGGAACACAAGACAUAAAGAGAGGGUGAAAAUUAGGUGAAACACAACAUAUCAUAAGCUUCCCCUUUCAGUUUGGUCAUAAACGCAACACAACCCCCAUUUCUAAACCCCCCAUAUAUAUUUAACAUCUCCUCUGUACAAUCACAUUCAUAUAUACAUAAUAAUAUAUACAUAUUAUUAUGUAUAUAAUGGAUGGCCUUUGUCUUAAAGCAGGCCUAAUGCCUGCUCCGAUCACCAUCUCCGACGUCCGCGCCACCGUCACCGCCGCCCGGAAACCGUUCUCGCCGCCGUGGGGUUUCUCGUUUAAGUACCCACUGAGAUCUUUGUGGGGCAAAAGAUUUGAUGCGAUUGCAGCGGACGACGCCGUUUCGGUGGAGAAUGAGGAGAAAAAUGGGGAGGGGAGUGGGAGGAAUUGGGUGCUCAGGAUUCUUCAUUUUAGGAGCUUGAGGAGUGAUUUAGAGGGGUCUGAGAAUGUGGUUGAAGAAAGGGAGGUGGAGAGUGAGGGAAAUAAUUGUGAUCAUGAUGAAGAAUGUGAUGUUUGUGAUGAUGAUGAUGAAAAAGUGGUGUUUGAUAAGGAGUCUUUUGGUAAAAUGUUGAGGAGGGUUACAUUGGGGGAAGCUAGAUUGUAUGCUCAGCUCUCUUAUUUGGGUAGCUUGGCCUAUUCGAUUCCCCAGAUCAAGCCAGGUAAUCUUCUCAAAAGACAUGGACUUCGUUUUGUGACUUCGUCAUUAGAAAAGAAAGAACAAGCUUUGAAGGCUGAGAAAGAUAAGGCUUUAGCUCAGGAAAAGGAGAAUGCUUUAGCACAGAUUCAAGAAAAAAUGGGAGGAGGUUCAGCUGAGGGUCGAGAAGCAGAAACAAGCCCAAAGGAUAUGGUAGAUAUUGUUGAAGACAAGACUGAUGGAAAUGAAACUGGUGGAUCCACAGCUUAUCGGAUUGCUGCAUCUGCUGCUUCUUAUCUGCAUUCUCGCACAGCAAGUCUACUUGCCUUCAAAAUGUCGAACCCAGAAAUGAGUGAGGACUCACCUAAUGGAAGCAAGGGAGAUAUUGGCAAUGUCGAUAUGCUUAACAGUAUUGAUAUGAUGAACGGGGACAUGGCUUCUUUUAUUGCAACCACGGAUUCAGUGACAUCAGUUGUGGCGGCAAAGGAGGAAGUGAAGCAGGCUGUUGCGGAUGAUCUGAACUCGACAAGUUCUUCACCUUGUGGGUGGUUCAUAUGUGAUGAUGAUCAAACUGCCACAAGAUUUUUUGUUGUACAGGGGUCUGAGUCACUGGCAUCAUGGCAGGCCAAUCUACUAUUUGAGCCUAUCCAGUUCGAGGGGCUAGAUGUGAUUGUUCAUAGGGGUAUAUAUGAGGCUGCAAAGGGUAUUUAUGAGCAAAUGUUGCCCGAGGUUCGGGACCAUAUUAAAAAUCACGGUAGUCAUGCUAUCUUCCGCUUUACCGGGCACUCUCUUGGAGGGAGCUUAUCGGUGCUGCUGAACCUUAUGUUGCUGAUCAGAGGGGAAGUCCCACGUUCUUCUUUACUUCCUGUCAUCACUUUUGGGGCACCAUCAAUUAUGUGUGGAGGAGAUCGUUUGCUUCGCAAGCUUGGAUUGCCAAGGAAUCAUGUCCAAUCUAUUACAAUGCAUAGAGACAUAGUACCCCGAGCCUUCUCCUGCCAUUACCCUAAUCAUGUUGCAGAGCUUCUCAAGGCUGUUAAUGGGAACUUUAGGAAUCAUCCAUGUCUCAAAAGUCAGGGUUUGUUAUAUGCGCCAAUGGGAGAAUUUCUAAUCUUGCAGCCAGACGAGAAAUUUUCUCCACGCCAUGAACUGCUCCCAUCAGGAAGUGGUUUAUACAUAUUAAGCUGUCCAAUUUCAGAUGUCACAGAGGCGGAGAAGCAGAUUAGAGCUGCACAGUCUUUAUUUUUAAACUCACCGCAUCCACUUGAGAUGUUAAGAGACCGUUCGUCAUAUGGUUCAGAAGGAACCAUUCUCCGAGAUCAUGACAUGAGAUCUUACUUGAAAUCUGUUAGGAAUGUUAUCCGCCAAGAGCUGAACCAAGUGAGAAAAGGUCGGAGAGAACACAGGCGCAAGGUCAGGUGGCCCCUUGUCGCAGCACGUGGCUCCAACGCCAGCAUCACUAUGGGCAGGCCUGUGACAUCGAGUAACAUGGAGCAAAGCCAGUUCAAGUUUGCUGGUAUACUACAGACUGGUAGGGAAUCAAUGAAAAGAUUUAGUAGGCUUGUUGCAUCACAGCACAUGCACUUGCUGGUGGUAUUUUUGCUACCCGCACGUACGAUAAUCUUGGGGGCCUACAGCAUUAUCAACUUCCAUUAAUCCAUCGAGGUUGGCAUCUUAUCUGGCAAUCUUAUUAGCACUUGUCUAGGUUCGCAUAUGAGUUAGCUGGCGGCAAAAUGUAUUUAGAAAGUUUGACCACGCACUUAGUUUAAUAAUUAUACACAUAGCUCUAUGUAACUGAUGUUCCCUUGUUUAUUAGAUAGGGAAUUAUGAAGUACAAUGUCAAUAUACAAAUUAGAAAAGAUCUCACUUCCAUGCCAUGUUGCUGGAGAAUUCUAUCUUUGGUAGAAAGUUUUUCAUUUCUAGGCAUCUUCUUUACAUAAUACGGAAAAGGAUUCCUGAAUUUCUGU